AGUGAGAGAGCCCCCCGCAGGACUUGGCGCCUUAGGUUUCCCCCCUUUCCUUCUUUGUGUUUAGGAUUCCUCUAUCCCCAGAUUUAUCCCCCCGUUUGUUCGCUGGUUCGGCCGGGUGCUCCCGUUCGCCGCGGAAACUUACUUGCCUCCCGUGAUCCUUCCUCCGCCGCCAGCACUCGGGCUCCAUCUUCAGGCCAUCCUCCGGGGCCUCGCUUCACGCCGCUGCUCCUGCUGCUGCUUCUGCCGCUGCUUACUUCGGCUACUGCUGCUGGUGCUCAGUGCGCGCGCGUGCGUGGCCCGCUCUCUCCUGCCCUCCUAAGUUGCCUUCUGUUUGCGUUGUGUGCCCGUCACUGUCGGUCGUCCGUUCCCCAGUCCCGUAGGCUCGUCACCUGAGCGGCCGGUCCCGUCAUCCGGCGGGCACGCGCAUCGACCCCGUCUCUCGCCUGCGCCCCGCUUGGAAGCCCGAGAGCAGCUCACUCCCCGGUAUCACCGCUUUCCGCUUGGGUUGGUAUACCGUUGCGUUCCUUGUGUUUUAAGACUUGGUUUAUGCGAGGCUCGGUAUCGUCGCCUGAGUUGUUUUAGUCUUGCCUGUUGCACAUUUGGUUAUCCUUCCCCGCAUUCCUGCCGCUUAACACACGCACUGACAAUCGCACCCUGACAGUUUUAACCAGACGCUUCUCUAUCCACGUCUCUGUUGAGGCCCGCAGUAGUCAACCGUUAGCCGGUGCGCCACGGGGCUCUCUUGCUAACGAAUCAGACGCGUUAGUGAACGCUAAGGACACUUGUUCGUACCGGAACUUUUGAUCACCGCCCACAGCAAGAACGUGCUCGUGAGCACGUUUGAAGCCGGGACUCGCAACGCCAGCGUCGUCAAACCUUGCGCCGCCGUGCCAUGUGAUCCUGUCCUUCUCCUGCUGUCGUCAGCAGCACGAGGCGUCACACCGCCGCUCGCUCGACGAAAGCAGCAAGCAGCGUGACCACGACGCAGGAGGACGCGCAAGAAGACGGCGGCGAGGACGACGGAGGCGGUGUGACCGACGACCAGCGAACAACUCGCGAGAGCGCCAUGCCGCAGACCGGGGUCGCCUGAGGGGCCCUAGCCGCCGCAGGGCCCACGCCACGGACUAGGUGCGCACAGCGCCUCCCUCGAGCAAGCCGAACGUUCCGACCCGCGCAGUCGACGGAAUUCGAAAACAAAUUACCAGUCCACGAAGACAGAACGCCGCCGCGUCCAUCCUCUUUCUAAGCUGCGCGACGUGCAUCCAAGAGGAACAACUCCCACAAGGCCUCGAGUCCCAUCCUUAGUUCCUCUGGUGCGAAUAAGAACCGUGACGCCGAGCAGGGCUCCCUCCGGAGUCGAGUCGCAGCACUCAAACGCACCCGCCUGGUCGGAGCCACUCGGAAGAAGAAAGAAAGCUGCGUACGGCAUACAUACACACACGCACCCAUCUUUCGAACACCCUCCCCUUCUUCACCACUUUUUAUCGCUUUGUUUUGAAGAAAGUGCACCUUCUCGCUGUCCCCCUACAGGAAGUGACCGGCGAGCGCCUUGCCAUCGCCGACCACUUUCUCUUCUGAAAUCCCCGUCUUCUUAACACCUCACCGUUUUCUCGAAGAAUCCGAGUACUCACUGGCUUUCGUGCUUGCGACAAAGCAGAGACAUCCCCCUCGCACUCGCAAGAAGAGAGAAGCCCAAGCUGAGCCGCAGAUGUUUACGUCCAGCCCGGUCGCUGAAGGUGUCUUGACCGCCAAAUCCUGCAAACCGCACGCUGAGCGCAUUCUCUAUCUGAGCAUCCAGUGCAGCGCUCCCUAGAAAAAAAAAGCGCAGCCGCACGCGAGGGACCUUUCAACUUGAGCACGCGUCUCCAGAAGAUUUUUCUUGCACAGCGAAAGUUUCACACGCAGGCUGACGGUAUUUUUGAGAUGAGACAAGCGAUGGCGUUCAGUUGCUGGUCCUUCGUUCUCUUCGUGGCCGUCGCUGUCACCAGUGCCGGUCGGGAUAAUGGUCCAGCCCCCCUGCAGCCGGGACAAACGCAACGUGGACAAAACAUCACGCAGAUUCUGAAUGCCUUCUUUACACGUGGGUACGACAAGAGGGUGAGGCCAAAUUAUGGCGGCGUUCCAGUGGAAGUUGGCGUCACUAUGCAGAUUAUCAGCAUAAGUACAGUCUCUGAAGUACAAAUGGACUUUACUUCGGACUUCUAUUUCCGGCAAUCGUGGCGGGACGAGCGACUCUCGUUCCAGAAAAGCCCAGACCUCGAGAGCAUGACGGUGGGCGCUGAAGUGGCCGAGAAGAUCUGGGUACCCGACACCUUCUUCGCCAACGAGAAGAGCGCCUACUUUCAUGCGGCCACCACGCCCAACACUUUCCUCCGAAUCGGUUCCGGAGGAGAGGUUUUCCGCAGUAUUCGACUGACGGUGACUGCCAGCUGCCCAAUGGAUCUCAGAUAUUUCCCGAUGGACAGACAAGCGUGCACUAUAGAGAUAGAAAGUUUUGGUUACACCAUGAAAGACAUCCGCUACCGGUGGUCGGACGGUGACACGUCCGUCCGUAUCGCCAAGGAGGUUGAGUUGCCGCAGUUCAAAGUCCUCGGUCACGUCCAAAAAGCCAAAGAGGUUGCCCUAACGACAGGAAACUACUCCCGGCUGGUUUGCGAAAUACGGUUCGUCCGUUCCAUGGGUUAUUACCUGAUCCAGAUCUACAUCCCCGCCAGUUUGAUCGUGGUUAUUUCGUGGGUCUCCUUUUGGCUCCACCGUAACGCUACACCAGCUCGCGUCUCCCUGGGCGUGACCACAGUGCUCACCAUGACCACACUCAUGUCCAGUACCAACGCAGCACUGCCUAAAAUCUCGUACGUGAAGAGUAUCGACAUCUACCUGGGGACUUGUUUCGUAAUGGUGUUUGCCUCGCUCCUGGAGUACGCCGCGGUAGGAUAUCUUGGCAAGAGAAUCACCAUGAGGAAAACCCGCUGUCAGCAGCUGGCAAAACUUGCAGAGCAACACAGGCAGAGGUGCGCCGCUGCUUCUUCCAACGAGCCAAGCUCUGAGCCCUUGCUAGCCAGUCCUGAAGUAUCCAUUGUCAAGACGGUCGGUUCCUGUCAAGUUUGUCCUGCUGCGGUGGCAUCCCAAGGACAACCGAGGGAAGCACCACCAACCGGAUUUACCAUGGGUCGCAGAGGCGCAGACCAAUGUUGCCCUGGUCUCCAGGGUUCAUGUCAGGUCUGCCCCGCUGCGGUCGCCUCACAAACUCAACAACAGGCUCCUCCACCAGGGAUACCUAUGGAAGUACGUCUCAAAAUGGUUGACCCCAAAGGAUUCAGCAAAUCCUCGACUCUGGAGAACACCGUCAACGGCGCGCCGGACAUCGAGGCAGCGUUUUGCAAGAACCCCAACAAAUUAUUUGGCGUCAGCCCUUCCGAUAUCGACAAGUACUCCCGAGUGGUGUUCCCCGUUUGCUUCGUCUGUUUCAACCUCAUGUACUGGAUCAUUUACCUGCACAUCAGCGACGUUCUGCCGGACGAUGUCGGCGACGACUAGUGCACGCCCCGCCCGCUGCGCGGCGCUGCCGUCGGCGGUGUUCGUGCGCGCGUGCGCGCAUGGUUCUCCGCUUCCGAGAGAGGAAAUAGGUCGCCGCUCGUCCUCCUCCUCCCGCUCUUCUGAGAGAAGUGUGGGAGAAGCGGCAGCAGCAAACAUGGCCCCCCGGAUCACCAACUAGCCGCGAAACGUCGCAGUAUAUGAAGCUAAAAACAGCAACAAAAACGGUUAACAAAAUUCGGCCAGCACCACCUCCCCCAUCCGUGUGGCGGUUCCGAAGGCUUUCGGGCCCCGCUGGGGAGCCCAGCCAAGGCCGCGGAGGCGCGAGCACGGCGCGUCUCUCCUUUCGUCUCGAGUAGUACAGUCUCACAGUUUAGUUCGUUUUGUGAAGUCGCUCUGGCCUGUGGGCGUAACAGGUGUGUCGGUCGUUUUUUUUUUUUCGUUUUUUUUUCUAGCCACGACUCACUGAGAAAGAAGCCCGCUGUGACGAGCGCACUCGACUGUCCUUUCAAUAUGCAAAAAAAAAGAGUGCCGAAUUAAAUGAAGAAAACAACACAAUGGCAGCAUUAUGGGUCCUGGAGACCAGGCGUAGUAUACAAAGCGCUGUCUGCAACAACUUAGCCAUCAAUCAGUAUCGCCCACGAACUUAGCGUGUUUAUUCGCUCGCCGAUGAUUGGUCGUUCGAUUGAGAAAGCCAGUCACAAUAGGUUCCGAGCGAAUAUAGCCGCCCGCAAUGUCGAAACAUAUAUGUAUACACACAUACAUCGACACCACGCCACGUGUCGUCAGGGUAAUGACCGUAACAUUCUCCGUCCACGGCAGCUGCAUCACAAAGGGCUGCGCGCAGCGACGCUCGUGCACCUCGGCGACGCUGGCUGGGCUCACUAGAAUCGCCUUUCUAUCUCUUUGAUUUUUCUUUCUUUAUCUCUUUCUCUAUCCGCUUUCGUUCGCUGUGUGCACUGCCGGUCCUCGGCGUCCGCGUGGCGUCUGGCCGACUUCGAGGGGCUCUAUUGCCAACGCUCGCUCAUCGGCCGGGCACCACUGUCGAGAGUGCAAGGGAGGACAGGGCGCGCACGUGUCGUAUACUCCGCUUACAUUUCUUUUUCCUUACUCUCUUUCUUUUUUUUUUUGAAAUCGCAUCUGGUUCACAAUUGUGGAGAAUAUUUUCAUCCAAAUCAAAGACAAAAAAGGGGGAAAAUGCAACAAGAAACGAACUACAACACUGACGAGUCUAAGCCUAAAUAACCGACCGCCUGACAACGGUGAUCGCGUUACACGCUACAAGCGAGCAGACCAUUGUCCCCCGUAACGAAACACGAAAAAAAG